GGAAAGAGUAGUCGAAAAUUGAAUGCUGCAAAAGGGUUUCCAAUUUCAAACUUUGUGUAAAAUAUCUGAAAAUUCUGAAAUAUUAAAUGGAAAACAAUACGAUUAAUUUUGAUAUGAUUUAACUGUGGUUUUAUGAUGAAAAGGACGCGACAAGUGUACGUGCAUAAUUUCAAUGUAUGAUGCUACUCGGGGAAUUUGCAUGCAUUUUACCAUUUUGUUUAAUGAGUUUUGUUUAUUCGACCAAUCAAAUUCAGGAUUCAUGUCGAGGUCUAGAAUCAUCACAUUUAUUAGACAAAGCCUUCCCACGAUAUGGACGACUACCCAAAGGAGUAAGCUAUGUGUACGAUACCGAGGCUCACGUGCAUGCGUAUAAGUUUUUGAAGGACAUCACGUACAUAACGAUGGAUUCGUCUGAAAUUCUAAAACAAUGUCGAUACUUUCCGAACGAAUUUUCAGUGUUUUUCAUUAUUAAACAUAGUCGGACUUACACGGGGAAAGAAUGUGUUUUAGUAGUAGGAGAUAAAGAUUCAAACAUCAUGUCUAUAAAAAUUAGCAGAAGAAACAUUUUUUUUAUAUAUAAAAGUAAAAAAGUGAAAUUUAAAAAUGAGUUUCUACGUGACAACAAAUGGCACACUUUAGGAUUCAGUGUAGGAGGCACUCAUGUCACUAUGACAACCGAUUGUAUAAAUACAAAACAUAAACGGUUAAAGAGAGACUUUCCGGAUAACGUCGAUGCAGUGCACAAAACAGUAACGAUAGCCAGUUGUGAUAAAAACAGUGGGGUGUUUCAGGGCCAGUUACGUGAUAUCAUAUUUACUCCAGGGAUCGACGCUACAACCAGAGCAUGCCCAUCUAGGGUACCGAGACACACUCACAUGAAUAAUAAAUUACCUAUAUUUCCAGACACGUACGGAUCGGACUCUCCAGGACCUCAAUGGGAAGAUUGUACCUGGAUGGACGUCGGAAACAUCGCUUAUGACCUCUACGCUAAAUCUCUCAAGGUGUGUGUCAAUGGAAUCUGGAAACACGUGACCGUCGACGUCAAAGCCGAUAUUCCCAGAAAGCUAGACUAUCUUGAACUCUAUCAAGAAAUAAAAACUCCUGGGCCCGGGAUCGACGUCCAUGUUUUUACUAUCGAAGGCGAGGGAAUGUUUGCCGUCUUUGCAAAUACGAGGAAGAAACUUGACGACGUAUCGGGAUUAUAUAAAUGGAAAAACAAAAAGUUUAUGCUAUACCAAAAACUUUCAACAUACGGAGCACAGAGCUGGACUCAUUUUAAGAUACAAAACGGGUUUUUCCUUGCAGUUGCAAACUAUGGCCUGAAUGACCAGCCGCAAAGUAAUUCCACCAUUUAUAAAUGGAACCGUGGAAGAAAGAGAUUUAAUGUUUUCCAGACCAUUCCAACAUGGACUGCAAGAGAUUUUGAAUAUUUUAAAAUAGAUGGAAGGGAUUUUUUGGCUGUAGCCAAUCACGCUAAAGGUUCAAGCCAAGAUGUUGAAUCUGUUAUUUACAAAUGGAACCCAUCAUCACAAUUAUUUGAAGAAUUUCAAUCGAUAAUGACUACUGGUGCUUAUGAUUGGACUUAUUUUACUGUGGAAGGAUACCAUUUUCUUGCAUUAGCACAGGCUUUUAAUGGGAUUACUACGCUAUUUGAAUCCAGAAUUUAUGUCUUUCAGAAGAAUGGCUUUUAUUUGUUUCAAACAAUGGAGACAAACGGUGCUACAGAUUGGGAAUUUUUUACUAUUUCUGGCUCAGCGUUUCUAAUUGUGGCCAAUGCGUACAACUACGGACCUCAGAAUUUUAAAAACAAAAAUACCUACCUCACAAACUCUGUCCUUUACAGACUCAACAUAGAUAAAAAGGGAUUUGAAAGGUUCCAAGUGUUUAGCACUUACAGCGCUGUUGAUUGGGAGUUCUUCUCCAUCGAUGACAAUUCGUACCUGAUUGUAUCUAAUGCUCAAAAUGGCGGAAAUGAAGAGGAACAGUUAACUACAAUAUACCGGUGGCAAGGAAUGGACAAAUUCGUUCCCGUUCAUAAAAUGUCGACACUUCCAAAUACUGACUGGGAAGUGUUUCAUGAAGGAAACGAUCUGUAUUUUAUUUAUGCAAAUGCAAAGGGUCGGACUUCACAAGUGCUUAAAGCCAGAUUUUAUCCAACGUGAUUCAUGUUCCAAACUCGGAACUAUUCGGAAUGUUCGUAAACGGUAGAAACGAUCGGAUUCGUUAUAUCUGGUUCUCUAUAAACAGUAGCUUUACAAACAUGCGGGGUCGACCUUUCUCUUUCUUCACGAGUCACACAAACUGUAAUUAUCGACCUGUUCUGGGUAACCUGAUCUAUACAAACACUCUGCCAAUUGAUAUAAGAGUAGAGGGCCAACGUCCCGGACUAUUGAUCGCCGAUGAAGUUUUAAAUCUGAAGUUUCACAUAAAUAUUAUAGACGUAUAUAGUAGAAAAUUGUUUGAACGGCGGUAUCAUACAUUCGAGUUACACUAUAGGAAGUAUACCCCGUUAACAAAAAUCCUUGAAUAGUGUUGCCAAUGGUAUUUUAUGAACCAGUUUUAUGAUUUGGUUCUAUGAAUAAAUGAAAUGUUAGAUUGUAGACAGCUGUACAUAUUUGAUAUUAUUUAUUACAGGGACAGAUGCAACAUUUCUAUCGGCACACGUACUUAAACAUUUGGGCGCCAAUGUAAACUGAAUAAGAUACACAUUAAACCAACAAAUUUAAUCUUUAGUAAAAGUGCGAUAAAAAAUACAAUUGAAAAUUCGCUACCAGAUUGCAGAUGUCAUGCCAUUGAUACGUAUUCUUUGCGAAUUGUUCCAUAAGUCUUGAAUUAGUGUCUUUUGUCCGAGGAUGUGAAAAAGAUAUUUUGUAGGCCAAGUUUUCCUGUCCAACUCAGAAACUCGCUAAUCACACACCCUUACAAAAAGUAAAUAAGAAACCUUGUAGAAAGUUUGGGGGCCUCAGUGGCCGAAUGAAUUAGUAUUCAAACUACUUUAUCACAAGGUUCGAAUGCCGCACGUGGCAGGCAAACUCGACUCAAAUCUUAUAGGACUGUCAGCGUUUCAACUGAAGGUCUCAUGUUCUCUCUUGGCAUUGUGGCUUUCUCCACCAUUAUCGAUCGCAACGAAAUAACACAAUAGAGUUGCCAAUCAAUCAAUAAGUUUGACUUGAAUCGGAUGAUGAAUUUCAGUAUACUUAAGGAUGUUCGCUUGUCAUAUUUUGGAAUUUUUGUCAUAUUUUCAGAAUCCUCUGUUUUUUUUUCCCAUUUGAAUGCCUUAAAAAGUUUGCCCAUUGGCCCCCAUUUUUCUUUUUAUAAAUCUUUUACAUGUAUGAUUAUUAGCCAUCUUUUAAAGUGUUAUAAAAUCUUUGUUAUUUUUUAAUAGUUUUUGAGAACUUAAACGUGUCAAUGAUAAAGCUAUGAAAAGUAAAGAGAGAACAUUAUCCCGUCAAAAUUUCAAUUGCUAAUAUCUCGAAAACAAGCACAUUGACCUAUAUAUAUUUUUUUUGGCUUUUUGGAUUCCUUUAUCACCUAUGAUAUCAACAUAUAUUAGUGUUAUGAAAAGAUUGUUAUUUUGAAAUUGAGUAGCAAACCUCGUUAAACCCGAGAUGUGAGUUUUCUUGCUUACUCGCAAUUAGAUAGUGAGUUACUGGCGCACAGGCGAAAUUUUCGGUUGUCUAUCAGUAUUCAUUAAACCUGUGACCUUAAAAACCGCGGACAUUAAAUAAUCUAGUUCAUUGUAUGAAUGACAACUUUUAAAAAAAAUGAGAUCGAUAUCAUUCGGAAAGAUGGACUUUUUCUUUUAUAAAUAAAUACUUUAUAGUCUUAUAUUUUCCCUCAAUAACGACCUAUUUACUAGUUUUUCAUUUAGAAGCUCUCACCAUUUUCUGCAGCUCCAUUCAAAUUUAAAAAAAUCGAUUAAAAUUCAACGAAUACUGCAAAAAUUAUUGUGAUACAGUAUUUUUAUUUUUACAUGAGUGGUAGGACAUUGACGUCAGGACAUUU